GUAUUAGUAGGGGGCGAUAGCAUGUCUUACCAAUUUCAAAAGCUAAACAAUCAAUGACUCUACUACAUUCACCAAAUGCCUACAGAAUAACCUAGCAUGGGAAGAGUCAUCCUCGAGAAUCUGGCCAAAGUGCCUGGAUGUCUACGCGAAUCCAUAGCACGGUCUAAAGCGGAAUAUCGCAGGCUUGGAGAUUCAGGCCUGAGGGUUUCAAAUCCCAUUUUGGGAGGAUUGAGUCUGGGGAGCUCACGCUGGCUUCCUUGGGUCUUAGAUGAGGACAAGGCACUUGGUAUCCUCAAAACGGCUUAUGACAACGGGAUAAACACGUGGGAUACAGCAAAUGUCUACUCCAACGGUGAAUCCGAAAGGGUCAUGGGGAAGGCAUUGAAGAAGUAUAAUAUUCCACGUCAGAAGGUGGUUAUCAUGACGAAAUGUUUCCGUGUCUUAUGCGAUCCCGAAAAUUUUCAUCAUGAGUCUACCGUGACAAUGCACCACGAAGCGGCAGACCGGAGCAAGGAUUAUGUAAAUCAAUGGGGUCUUUCCCGUAAAGCGAUUUUCAGUGCUGUCGAGGGAUCUCUGGAGCGUCUCAAUACUAGUUACAUUGACGUUCUCCAGAUACAUCGCUUCGACCCGACUGUUUCCCCAAAAGAAACAAUGCGCGCUCUGGACGACUUAGUGAGGGCCGGUAUGAUCCACUAUAUCGGUGCCAGCUCUAUGUGGGCGCAUGAGUUUGCCAUGCUGCAAACUGUUGCUAAAGAAAACGGCUGGACACAGUUUAUUUCGAUGCAAAACCACUAUAACCUGAUAUAUCGCGAGGAAGAGCGUGAGAUGAAUCCCUAUUGUAGGUUGACCGGCGUCGGCCUCAUCCCGUGGGCUCCGUUGGCGUCAGGUAGAUUGGCCCGAGAUCCAACAGAGUCGAGCACAACUUCGAAGCGCGCUGGAACUAGCAAACUUGGGUCAAUAUACGACACAGGCGAGGAUGUUAUUCCCGAUAAGAUCAUCAUGCGAGUUAAGGAAGUCGCAAUGAAACGCGGGUGGCCGAUGAGCCAUGUAGGCCUCGCUUGGCUCAACAAGCGAGUAACUGCCCCUGUUCUCGGUUUCAGCUCCGAAGAACGCAUACUUGAGGCACUAUCAGCCCGGGGUAAGGUACUAUCAGAUGAGGAAGAACGGUAUUUAGAGGAACUUUAUCGCCCUAGAGCUAUUCAGGGCCAUUCGUAAUUCCAACCUCAUAUGCGUUGGAUCAGUACAAAGCCGAUUAUUCCUGCUAAUAAAGGACACUUAGUUUAUAGGUCAUUCAACUAUGUUUUAUAUUAAUGUUAUCUAGGCGAAGAUAGAAAACAAUUAAAUCGAUGCACC